AUGUAUCGGAAGUUGUCUAAGUUAGAACACUCGGAAAUAAAACAACUUCUUACAGAAGCUAACAUAGAUGUUGCAAAGCAUUACGCAACAAACAAAAAGGCACUCGCUGACAUCCUCAAUGACUACAAUGGUGAAAUAACUUAUGAUAGAAUUCAUGAGUUCAUAAAUGCAAGAGCAUUUCCUUUAA